AUGGCGGACGACCGCCCCGAAAAGCCAAACCCCGGCUCUGAAGAUAUUAUGGACGAGCACACAAUCACACAUGCCGAAUCCAGCAUAAGUCGCACAAAAUGGAAAUCCGCCAAAUCCACGGACGGCGAUACAGCCAUGGCUCUAUUCGACAAUCCAGACGAACUGCAUGAAGAGAUCGACCCAGCUGAAGCCCGGAAAAUACUGUGGAAGAUUGAUUUUAUGAUCCUGCCCUAUCUAGCAGUGUGCUAUGCAUUCUUUUACAUUGACAAAACAACCUUGAGUUAUGCAGCGAUAUUCAAUAUUCGGGAGGACCUCCAUCUCCAUGGAACGCAGUAUAACUGGCUGAGUAGUAUAUUCUACUUUGGGUUUUUGGUUUGGGCUUUCCCAACCAAUUUUCUCCUGCAGAAGCUUCCAAUCGGAAAAUAUCUCGGUGUGAAUAUUUUCAUGUGGGGAGUGUUCCUCAUGAUCCAAGCAGCAUGCAACAGCUUCGAAACUCUCGCCGUACUUCGAGCUCUGGGUGGAGCCGCAGAAGCAUGUUCAGAUCCAGCCUUCAUGCUCAUUACGAGCAUGUGGUAUACACGCCGUGAGCAACCCGUCCGGAUCGGAUUAUGGUAUACGGCCAAUGGCAUCGGUAUUGCACUAGGCGGGUUAUUGGGUUAUGGCAUUGGGCAUAUCCGGGGAGCGUUGCCUUCCUGGAAAUAUGAGUUUCUGAUAAUUGGUGCACUGUGUGCUACUUGGGGUAUCGUUAUGUUUAUCUUUCUUCCAGACUCUCCUGUCACAGCUCAUGGGCUCACCAAACGGGAACGGAGAAUCGCGGUUGAGCGCAUCCGAGAGAACCAGACUGGCGUGGAGAAUAAGCAUCUGAAGCCAUAUCAGAUUCUUGAAGCAUUCAUGGAUUACAAGCUCUAUCUGUUCUUCAUUCUGGGUGUUGUUUGCAAUAUUCCCAACGGCGGAAUCUCAAAUUUCGGCACAAUCAUUAUCAAAGGCUUUGGUUACUCGACAUUGAUUACGACCAUUCUGCAGGUUCCCUACGGAAUAUUCAUCGCCCUUUCCAUCUUGACAUGUGUCUACCUUAAUGACCGUUUCGAAAAUCGACGAUGCGUUUUCGUUCUGAUCUUCUUGAUUCCCAAUCUGGCCGGCGCGUUUGGCUUACGCUUCGUGCCAACGGACCACCAUGUCGGCCGCCUCAUUUGUUACUAUCUGACUGGGCCUUAUAAUGCCGCAUUCGUACUCGUCCUGAGUAUGCAGGUUGCGAACACAGCGGGCCACACGAAGAAAGUCGUCACCAAUGCUGUCCUUUUCCUUGGAUACUGCACUGGCAAUAUUGCAGGUCCUUUCUUCUACAAGACUGAUCAAUCACCAACAUACACACUCGGCAUUUGUUCUAUGAUUGUUUCUCACCUGAUUGAGGCUUGCCUUAUCACUAUCCUUGGUCUUCUUCUUCGGUGGGAAAAUAAGAAGCGUGAUCGUAUCCAGUCCCAGAUGGAGGGAGGUCUUGAAGGCAGGGAUUUGGACUCUACUGCCUUUUUGGAUUUGACGGAUCGAGAAAAUUUGAAUUUCCGGUAUAUCUACUAA